AUGGACCGCGGCCACAGCCCCGGGCUGGGGCCUCGCCCCGACUCUGCAUCUCGAGUACAGAAGCCCGAGACAGCAGCAGACAAAAUGGCCGCCCUGAAAGCACGAGUCGCAGCAGCUAUUGGUAGCAGCAAAGCCAAGGGCGGCCUCAAUGUCGGCCUACAUCCAAUGCUCGAAGAGCUGAACAAGCCCAAAUCGUCAGGCAGGGCCACCGACUCACGGUCUUUUUCUUUGAGCUCCAACAGAGCGACUAGCACAAAAUAUGGACACAAGAGUUCAGAAUCCGGGGCGGGCGCGGGGUUUGGAGACCGUCAGAGCAAUCCCUACCUCGAUACCGCUGCAACAGGCGGGCAAUCUACGAAACAGCGAGAACCGCGGCAUCUCGUUUUCAAUCAGAAGGGAAAGUACAUCGCCCAGGGCAAUGCGCUUCGAAGACAAGCUGCCCUCGAGGCAAUGAAGAAGCGCAUUGCGGAGCAGACACGCAAGACCGGGAUUGACGAGGAUCUUGAUGUUCCUGUAACAUUUAUCGAGGAGCCUCCUGAUAUUGAGUGGUGGGACGAGGGCCUGGUAGAUGGACAGAAUUAUGACAGAAUAGAUGAUGAGAGCACGUUGCGGAUCACUUCUGACGACAGCAUCAUCACGGAGCUGAUACAACACCCAGUCGCAUUGGAGCCUCCACAGGACAAGAAUGUGCCGGCUCCAAAGCCAAUGUUUCUCACAGCAAAAGAGCAGAAAAAACUGCGGAGACAACGACGUGCGGCAGAUCUCAAGGAAAAGCAGGCAAAAGUGCGAUUGGGCUUGUUGCCGCCGGAGCCCCCAAAAAUUACCAGGAACAACAUGAUGGUUGUACUUGCGGAUCAGGCGGUGAAGGACCCGACAGCAGUAGAGGCGCAGGUCAACAGGGAGGUCGCGAAGCGACACGAGGGCCAUCUUCAGGCGAACGAAGAGCGCAAGCUUACCAAGGAACAACGGCACGAGAAGCUUGCGGCAAACCAGGAAAAGGACGCAUCAAAAGGCCUUCACCUGCUGGUUUUCAAAAUCAACAGCUUGGCGAAUGGACAGCAUCGGUACAAGAUCGCCGUCAACGCUGAGCAGCACGCUCUGACCGGCAUCUGCAUUAUGCACCCCAAGUUUAGCAUUGUCAUCGUUGAAGGUGGUGCGUGGAGCAUCGCCAAAUACAAGAAGCUCAUGCUGAAUCGUAUCAACUGGACUGAGAACACGCCGUCGCGAGACAGAGACGGGGCGAAAGCUGGAGUCUCGCGAGACUGGCUGAAGCCCGAGGACGACAAAGGCGGGCUAAAAGACAUGUCGGACAACCAGUGCAAGCUUGUAUUCGAGGGUGAAGUUAAGACCAGAGCUUUCAGGAAAUGGGGCAGUAAGGUGUGUGAAACUGAUGCCGAAGCAAGAGAGGUACUGGCUAGAGUCAAGAUGGAGAACUUUUGGGCCCAGGCCAAAACAGUAACAUGA